AUAGAGCUGAUAGGAUUAGGUCUCUUGUGCAAGGCUCUACCUUCUUGCAAGGACACUCAGCUCACUCCCUGAAUACAACGAACUUGUUUCUAUGAAUUGCUCACCUGGUAUUUACGGGGUCGUGUGUUUUAAUUAGAAGGGUUAAAACAGGAGUAGGUGGUGGCAUUUUGAAGCAACUGGGGAAGUGGAACCACCUGGAAAUCAGCUCCAAAUCUCAACUGAGUCUUUGAUCAGAGAGAUCAGUGAUAUUCACCAAAAACGCAGCGGACUUUUAAUCUUCCUUGAGGUCGACCUCUGUGACUCAUUUUCUCCGACUUUUGGAUGAACAGAAGUUUGAUUCACAGCAACACUCAGAUAGAAAAGCAGUGAUGGGAGUGCCUAACUCCAGAGAAUGUAACUACUAUCAUGCUCCAGAUGCACCCUUAAAGAUUUUCCUCAGAACUCGCAAUGAGCCUCUCAAGAAAGAGCGUCCUAAGUGGAAGAGCGAGUACCCGAUGACAGAGGGCCAACUGAGGAGCAAGAGAGACGAGUUUUGGGAUACAGCUCCGGCGUUUGAUGGACGGAAAGAGAUCUGGGAUGCACUUAGAGCUGCAGCUCUGGCUCUGGAGUGCAAUGACCUGGAGCUGGCUCAGGCUAUAGUGGAUGGAGCCUGCAUCACUCUGCCACAUGGAUCUCUCACAGAGAGUUAUGAUGAACUUGGAAACCGCUACCAGCUCCCUGCAUACACUUUAGCACCGCCCAUCAACCUCAUCAAUGAAACAUCCAGCGAGAGCAAACAGUCUGAAGGCACACAGAAACAGGCUCAGCCUCCAGUGUGCAGAGAGGAGUUCCAGCUGCGGGUGCGGCUAUCCACAGGGAAGGAUUUGCGUCUGACGGCCAGCCUGGCAGACUCCAUAGCUGUGCUGAAGAAACAGCUGGAGAAGCAGGAGGACAUCGAGGUGAUCCGCCAGCGGUGGUUCUUCUCCGGGAAACUUCUGACAGACAAGACUCGUCUUCAAGAUGCCAAGAUCCAAAAAGACUACGUUGUCCAAGUGAUUGUUAAUGUUAAUCCUUAAGUCAUCCCUAACUGAGGGGUAAUGAAAGAUAAAGGAUGUGCCAGAGAAGUCUGCAGGAACAGGAGCAGGUUUCCAGCAGGAGAAUUUUAUGUACAUUUUAUAUAUUAAAUUAUUGCUUUUAUAUUGCUCCUUUUUCUAUUUUUCCUUUUUUUUUUCUCCAAAUAAAGAGAUAUUAUUGAAAAGCACUGAAACACUUUAGGUGAUGUUAGAGCCCUAAGAUGCAUAUCCCUGUAUAUGUCUGUUUCUGAAGACCUCGACUUGCAGCUCUAUUGUUUACAUGAGUUCCUCUCCUUGUCUUGUUUGUUUGUACUUACGCUUGUUAUUGAAUUAAAAAAAAACAACAUUACAGUUAAGAAGAACAUACAAGGAAAAUCUACUGUUUCUUUUUGGACAAACAGA